ACCACUCUACCUAUAUAACGUCCGUCGCUGACCACUUGUGUUUAUAGAACGGAGCACUUGCCUUUAGACCAAAAAAACAAAAACAAAUUCAUUCCGAUAACGCGUGUUCAGUUUUACAAAAAUGCGACCAGUACCAUUUAUCACUGAGUAAGCGAUGGACUGUUUAAUAUUUUAUUUUAUUUGAUUAUCAUUACACAACUUAAGAACCAUGAUGCUUGGUGCAAUAUUAUUUUUGUUGAUUAGUAUUUGUGAAAGUAUAUCCGGGUAUAAACCUAUGCUCGCCAAAAGCAAUGGGAAACGUCAAGAAGAACCGGACUAUAAGGUAUCAAUGGUGGCGUCGGAGGAGCACGCGGGAAGCCCCGCGCUGUUCACGCACGGCGAGAGCCCCGUGUGGGACGUCGACACGCAGAGCCUGUACUUCGUGGACGUGCUCGAGCAAAACCUGCACCGCCUCCACUACGGGACCGGCCAGAUAUUUACUAAACAUAUAGGUUACGGGCAGGUGAACGUGAUAUCACUGGUGGAGGGCAGCAGUCGGCUGCUGGUGGCGGUGCGAGCAGGCUUGUACCUGCUGGACUGGGCGACGGAGGGCGACGCCGCGUUGCGUCUGCUGGCCACGAUGGACGACGGCUUUCCCGACAACGUCAUCAACGAGGGCAAACCCGACGCCGAGGGACGGUUCGUGGCGGGUACAAAAGGCCCUCAAACCGGGGACGACGUGGUAACGGACAAGGCUACUCUGUACAGCAUCGAUCAGUACACGCUGCGGAGCCCGCGCGCGCUGCUGCGGCCUGUCAGCAUCUCCAACGGGAUCACCUGGUCGCCCAACAACACCGUCAUGUACUAUGUGGACUCGCCCACUCAGAAGAUAGAGGCUUUCGACUAUGACUUGCUCACUGGAGACGUAGGUAACCGAAGAACCAUUCUUGACAUCACGGCGCACGGAUAUACCGAUGCGAUUCCAGACGGCAUGACCAUAGACACUGAGGGUCAUCUUUGGGUGGCGCUCAUGUUCGGUGGGACGGUGCUCCACAUAAACCCAGACUGCGGCGAGCUACUAGCGGCCUACACGCUGCCAGCGGCGCGCGUGACGUCACUGUGCUGGGGCGGGCCGCGGCUGGACGAGCUGUUCGUGACCACGUCGCGCGAGCCCCCGCUUGGCGGGGCUGUGUUCACCAUCCGAGGCACGCAGCGCAGAGGCCUCCCGCCUAACAAGUUCCGCUUCGACGGCGCGGAUAGAUACUGAUAUUUAACCUAUAUAUUAAUUGGAUGAUUAGAUUGUUGAUUGUUUAAAGUACUGUUCCCUAAACGAUUUUGAUAAUUUUACGUACAGCGAUUUCUCACAAACGACAGAAAGACAGACGGAGAUAGUGAAACUAACAACUUCAGAUUAAGUAAUGAUUUAGGUGCAAAGGGAGUACAAUACAAUCGUGUUAGGUGAUAGUGAUAGCUAACAAUUGUUUAGUUUCGUGGGGAAACCACGUAUUAGUUCUGAAAUGUAUAUACAUUUAAAUAAAAUCUAUUUAAGCAAGCAGCUAAAUUAUUAUUUAACUUCUUUAUCUUUGAGACAUGAACAUGAGUCAUGCAAUCUAGUACCUGUCUUGGUUUUAGUUAUCUAAAAAAAAUUAAAAUGCUACUUAAAAAUAUACCAUGCAUUGAAUAUUUAAAUAAGAAGUAAAUGUUUUAAUCUGAAAUAAUUUAUUACAUGACAUGCAUACAACAAGAUAAUAACAAGAUUUAAAUUUAGUAACAUUUUAACUCCCGUUUAUAAAUAACACAUAAAUAAAUAAACGUCACAUUACGACAGUGAGAUGACUAAUGCGUGACACAUUGUGAUUUAACAACUUGACAUAGACAUUUUCUUUGAGACAUUAAAAUUUUGCUUUAAAUUAGCUUGAAAAGUGACACUGGACCAUCGUCCUGACUUACUGGCUAUAAAGCAUAUACAUAUAAACUGGUACACCUUCGCAAAAAAUGUAUUUAAUUUGGUCUAUACACUAUUUAUACUUAAACAGCAAAACACUUCCAAAUAAUAUUUUAAAGUUUCCAUAUUAUAUUCAAAUAUAUAACGAUAAAAAUCAGGUAUGCAAAGUAUUUAAUUAACAGUUUAGGCACAUUUCUCCAUUUGGUGAAUGAAAAAAUUAAAAAAGCGACAUUCUUCUAUAACUUAUAUUACACCUCGCCUAACUCUAUAUUGCAUAUUACUCGUACUUAGAUUUACUGGAGAACAACGUCAACAACAAUCGAAAUGAUGUAAGAGUAGAGAUUAUGUAGGUACGUAGUCGAGUAUCUAUCGCUAUCCCUAAGCUACUUAUUUGCUACUCAAUAAAUAAAUCACAAUAUAUUUGGUGUUACAUUUAGUAACUAACACAUACAAUGGACAAGAUAUUAAAGUGCGUUGUCGUAAUAGGUAUAAGACUCAGGCGAAGGAUACUAUAGACUCGACGCAAGCGUACACCCGUAAGGGACAGAUAUAGAAUAAUGGAGCGAAUUUAAGAAUCACUUUAAAAAUGGCUGACAGUUUACCAUAAACAACCUACGUAAUUUGGGC